CAUGCGCGUUGCGCACUCGGUGAAAGGAGACGCAGUGACAAGUUGUGGCGUUUUGUGUUCGCUGAGGGGAGAAGGUGCUGUGAGGAGUGUGUGUGUUGAGUGGAACAGGUGCUGUGCACCUCAGGACCAGGAGAACAGGUGGCGGGGGAAUGAGUGGGCGGCGGGGGGGGCGUGGGGGGCCAGAGCCCCCCGUGUUGCGGCGUCUGAUCGAGCUUCCUGCUCCGGUGCUGACCCGACACCAGCUGAAGCGCCUGGAGGAGCACCGCUACAGCAGCGCCGGGAGAUCUCUACUGGAACCAGUGAUGCAGUGCUACUGGGAGUGGCUGGUGGGCUGCAUGCCCCCCUGGGUCGCCCCCAACCUCAUCACCAUCAUCGGCCUCGCCACCAACGCCUUCACCACGCUUGUGCUCGUCUACUACUGCCCUACUGCCACCGAACAGGCUCCACUCUGGGCGUACCUGCUGUGUGCAGUGGGUCUGUUUGUGUACCAGUCCCUGGAUGCGAUCGAUGGAAAACAGGCCAGGCGCACUAACAGCUCUUCGCCACUAGGGGAGCUGUUUGAUCACGGCUGUGACUCUCUGUCCACAGUGUUCGUGGUCCUGGGGACGAGUAUCGCAGUGCAGUUGGGGACAAAUCCAGACUGGAUGUUCUUCUGCUGUUUUGCAGGAAUGUUUAUGUUUUAUUGUGCUCACUGGCAGACCUACGUCUCUGGAACACUGCGAUUUGGCAUAUAUGACAGUACAGAGCUGCAGCUGACUUUGGCUCUGCUGCUCGUUCUCACCGCCGUCAUCGGCCCCAGAUUCUGGAACCUAACGAUCCCAGUACUGAACAUCCAGAUGAAGAUCGUCCCGGCGCUGUGUACGUUUGUGGGCGCUGUGAUUUGCUGCACUAAUUAUUUUAGAGUCAUUUUCACAGGAGGAGUCGGAAAGAACGGGUCCACCAUUGCAGGGACGAGUGUGUUAUCACCGGUCCUGCACAUCGGCUCUGUUAUAGUGCUCGCGAUGAUGAUCUAUAAGAAAUCUGCCAUCCAGCUGUUUGAGAAACACCCCUGUCUCUACAUCCUCGCCUUCGGCUUCGUCUCCGCCAAAAUUACCAACAAACUGGUGGUCGCUCACAUGACGAAGAGUGAGAUGCAUCUCCACGACGUGGCGUUUCUGGGUCCCGGGCUUCUGUUCCUUAAUCAGUAUUUCAACAGUUUUAUAGACGAGUACGCGGUGCUGUGGCUCGCGCUGAUGCUGUCCCUGUUUGAUCUGGUGCGUUACUGUGUGAGUGUGUGUAACCAGAUCGCCUCACACCUUCAUAUCUACAUCUUCAGAAUUAAACCAGUGGCAGUUCAAUGAGACUCACACACACACACUGCAGCCCACUGUGUGUGUGUGUGUGUGUGUGUUAAAACCGUUAGCGUGCCCAAGGAUCAAUCUGAUCACAUGAUUUAUAAAAGACGUGAUUAUACGUUUAUGGACACUUUAACUGACAAAGAAAAAAAAAGUUUAUUUAAAUUAUUCUGUACUAAAAGUCAAAACUAACACUUUGUGUGUGUGUGUGUGUGUGUGUGUGUGUGUGUGUGUGAGAGAGAGAGAGAGAGGGAUAACAGGUGCUAAAACUCGUCACGUCUCUGACUUUAGAAAUUAAAUUUUUAAAUAAAAAGGCGGGCAGAGGUCAGACGUUUGUCAUCAUCCUCAUUGUCAUUGGUGUAUCUUUAGCCUUUAGAUAGUGAUGAUCAUUUCUGCUCUGAUAUGGUAAUUCCGACACACACACACACACACACACACACACACACACGCCCUGUGGCAAUGUUACCAGAGAUAUUUAUUAGAGUAUUGUGAUGUGUUGCAGCGCCCCCUGCCCCCUCGUUCUCAGUAUUACAUGCGCUGCGUGUUUAUUGUUCUGUUUUUUCUGCGUUUAAAUCAAACCGUCCGCGGCUACACACCCGCGUCUCUCCCUGAUCUCUCCGCCACACACCCGCGUCUCUCCCUGAUCUCUCCGCCACACACCCGCGUCUCUCCCUGAUCUCUCCGCCACACACCCGCGUCUCUACAAACUACUCUCUACAAACACACAUCCCCCUUGUGUGUAUACAUUACUGUGGGCGUGGUUUAAUUCAGACUCCAGCCAAUACACGAUCUAUAUACAGGAUCCCCUGUGCUGAUUCUCGCUCACACACACACACACACACACACGCUGGAGCCCAGCCCGCAGCAUGCCCAGCCUGUGACCGUACGCCCCCCAGUGGAGUGUUGAAGUGAAACAUCACAGGCUGAACACACCUCAGCUGAUGGUGUGUGUGUGUGUGUGUGUGUGUGUGAGAUAUGAAGAGGACGUUGCUCAUAUUGGGGUUCAGUUUUAUCGCCGCGUGUUUUUGUCUCCAGUUUAUUUUCCUAAUUCGACCUCAACAUCAUCGUUAGAUUUUUAAUUCUUAAAGUGCUUUAUCUAGUUUUGGUUACUCUGAGUUUAUUCUCUUAAGUCCUGAUUUAAAGCUUUUACACUUAAACUCUGGUGGUCUAAGGUGUGUGUGUGUGUGUGUGUGUGUGUGAGAGAGAGAGAAGCGUUACUGCAGUAACACACUGUGUACAAGUUUAACAAACAUCACUGGCGUCCAGUGAGUCCACAUCACACGGCUGCCCGCUGUUACUGAUCCUGAAUGUGUGUGUGUGUGUGUGUGUGUGUGUGUGUGAGAGAGAGAGAGAGGUACUGUGUCCUUACACACACACAGUUACUGUUCUGUUAUUUUAGCACAUGAAUUUAUUGUAAAAUUAUUUUAUUUAAUGUGCUUUUUCAUUUUGUGCCUGAAACCUGUGUGUGUGUGUGUGUGUGUGUGUGGCACCGUUCAAUCUGCCUCAAACAUUAAAUGGAAUUAAUA